AUGACGUUUAUUGCACUUAAUUUUGAAGUCAUUCAUACAUGUGAUACAACAAAAGUUCGUGUAGAUCAUUUUAGUACAGAAGGAACUUUGAAAGGUUUAUCACCUGAACAAUUACAUCAGUUAAAUUGCCGUAUUAUAUUUGAAAAUACUUAUCGUUUAGGACAUCGAUCAGAUACUAAAUUACUUAAAGGAACGGAUGGUCUUGAUUCAUUUAUGUAUUGA